GGCCCGCCGCCGGCCCCGGGAGGAUGGUGUCCCAGCUCAGCGCCCUGCAACGGGAAUUGCUGGGAGCCCUGCUCAGCUCCGGAGCCACCAAAGAAGGGCUGAUCCGCGCCCUGGAGGACAUGGUGCCGGCCGGAGGGUUCGGGGUGAAGCUGGAGAGCCUGCCGCUCUCCCCCGGCGGGCCCCCCGACGGCAAGGCCGCCUUCCCGCCGUUGGCCAACGGGCAUGGCAAGGGCAAGCUCUCGGGCGACGAGGGCUCGGAGGACGGCGACGACUUCGACACGCCGCAGAUCCUCCGAGAGCUGCAGGCGCUCAACACGGAGGAGGCCGUGGAGCAGCGGGCAGAGGUGGACAGGAUGAUCAGUGAGGACCCGUGGCGGGCGGCGAAGAUGAUCAAGGGGUACAUGCAGCAGCACAACAUCCCCCAGCGGGAGGUGGUGGAUGUCACCGGCCUCAACCAGUCUCACCUUUCCCAGCACCUCAACAAGGGCACCCCCAUGAAGACGCAGAAGCGAGCCGCCCUCUACACGUGGUACGUCCGCAAGCAGCGGGAGAUCCUCCGCCAGUUCAACCAGACAGUCCAGGGUUGUGGAAAUAUGACAGACAAAAGCAGUCAGGAUCAGCUGCUGUUUCUCUUUCCAGAGUUCAAUCAGCAGAACCAAGGGGCUGCCCAGCUCGACGACGCCUGCUCCGAAACCCCCAGCAAGAAGAUGCGUCGCAAUCGGUUCAAGUGGGGGCCGGCCUCCCAGCAAAUCUUGUACCAAGCCUACGACCGCCAAAAGAACCCCAGCAAGGAGGAGCGUGAGGCUCUGGUGGAGGAAUGCAACAGGGCCGAGUGUCUGCAGCGAGGGGUAUCUCCCUCCAAGGCACACGGGCUCGGCUCCAACCUGGUGACAGAGGUCCGUGUCUACAACUGGUUCGCCAACCGGCGGAAGGAGGAGGCUUUCCGCCAGAAAUUGGCCAUGGAUGCCUACAGCUCAGGCCAGCCCCCUCACAGCAUGAACCUGCUGCUGUCCCACGGCUCCCCCCACCACAACCAGCCCAGCACAUCACCUCCCACCAAAAUGCCAGGGGUCCGGUACAACCAAGGGACGAGCAGCGAGGCAGCAUCCUCCGGGGCCAUCAGCCACCACGGCAGUGGUGCCAUGGUCACCACCAGCCAGGCAGUCCUGCAGCAGGUCUCCCCGGCCGGCUUGGACCCAGGCCACGGCCUGCUCUCGCCCGACGGUAAAAUGAUCUCAGUGUCAGGGGGCGGGCUGCCCCCAGUCAGCACCCUGACCAACAUCCACAGCUUGUCCCACCACAACCCGCAGCAGUCCCAGAACCUCAUCAUGACGCCGCUCUCAGGAGUCAUGGCCAUCGCACAGAGCCUCAACACCUCGCAGGCGCAGAGUGUACCAGUUAUCAACAGUGUUGCUGGCAGCCUGGCAGCUCUACAGCCCGUCCAGUUCUCCCAGCAGCUCCACAGCCCACACCAGCAGCCACUGAUGCAGCAGUCGCCCAGCCAUAUGACACAGCAGCCUUUUAUGGCCACCGUGACUCAGCUGCAGAACUCGCACAUGUAUGCACACAAACAGGAGCCUCCCCAGUAUUCCCACACCUCCCGCUUCCCCUCGGCGAUGGUGGUGACAGACACCAGCAGCAUCAGCACGCUGACCAACAUGUCUUCCAGCAAGCAGUGUCCCCUGCAAGCCUGGUGAUGCUCCACACCUCACUGCUUUUGCACAUAGCAACGGGAUCUUAUUUUCCACAACAUCCCACUGGCGACCCGCAUUCCGAGCCCGGGGAACUGCCGGAGCGAAGCCCAGCGCCGCCACGAGGAGCCCGUCAACCCGAAACGGAGACAGAGGCUCGAGGCUCCCCCACUGGAGACCAGCCCGGAUUCAUGGCACCCACCUGGGACCCUGCCUCUCCUUCCCUCCACGCAGUAUUUCCAAGACAAGUCUUGGGGAUUUUAUUUUGGUUUGGUUUUUUUUUUUUUCCUGAAGUAUUUGCCUUCCAAGAGGCUGCCGGUUCUCCCGAGGAACAAGCUGUACUGGGAACUGGCAGAAGGGGAAGAUGGAUAAUAUUUAAGUUAUACUCCUCCACCCAACGGACUGAGAGGGACUUGGGUCUGUUACUUGGAGUCUGGAAGGAGGAAUUGCAUGUGCUGUUGAACUGAGCCAAUUCAACUGUAAAUAUAGGUACAGUCUGCUCUAUCCUCACCCUUCCCUGCUCCUAUACAUAGAGAUUUAUAUAAAAGAAGUAAAUUUUUUCCAAUGGUUGUAAACUACUGUAAUUAAGUGCAAUUCCCCAUCUGUAUAUAUUGUGCCCAAAUCUCUCCUCU